CAGGUUUAGAUCCCACUCACAUCCUUUCUUUAUCUGCGUCAUCCUUCUUCUCCUUCCUUGGAAUGGAGCGAGACGGAGAGCGGCACUACCGGUGAAUCCAUGUGGCUGUUGCUCUCGUGGAAGCAUCAGACACAGCAUUGGCUUCUUGUUCUAUAGCUGAGCUGGUUUAGGACGUGGGCGAUGGACCUCAGCUCGCUCGUCGAGGUGCUAAUGCACGGGGAGGAGCAAUUGAGGCAGCUCGAAGCGUGCCUCGAUGUGCAUUCGCCUGUGGAGCACAAGAAGCAGCUCGUGCUGCAGGCGCAGUCUCACUUCAAGCGGGCUAUUUCCAUGGCCAAAUCCAUCGACCACGAGCGGUUCCGGCAGGGGCCCGGCGCCAGCGCCGCAGCGUUGGACUCGCCGCGUUCCAACAGCGGCGGGAGCGACAACUCCGACAAGGCCCUGAAGGAACAGGAGCGCAGGGAGAUGUGCAAGAAGAGGAAGACUCUGCCGAAAUGGACCAGCCAGAUUCGAAUCUCGUCGAGCGAAGGGGUGGAUGGGCUCGACGACGGCCAUAGCUGGAGAAAGUACGGGCAGAAGGAGAUCCUUGGAGCCAAGUACCCAAGAAGCUACUUCAGAUGCACUCACCGCAACACCGUCGGAUGUUUCGCCAUGAAGCAAGUGCAGAGAUCCGACGACGACCCCUCCGUCUUCGACAUCACGUACCGAGGAGAGCACACUUGCCCCCAGAAGCCGCGAACCGUCGCGACCUCGGCCCUGCACCGACCAGACAUCCACCAAAGCCAGCAGCGUCCUCGUCAAGAUCAGCAGCUGCUUUUGAGCUUCCAAACCAGCCUGAAGGUGAAGACAGAAGGCUCGAGCUUCGAAGACCCAGACCAGAAUUCUCCCUUCUCCUUCUCUUCGACCCCGAUGAGCACUUUGUGUACGCCCCCAACCCCAGAGAACAAGUUCAUGGGCAGCUUCUCGGCUGCGUUCCCCUCGCCUGCAACCUCGGAAUCAAAGCACUUCUCGCCAUCACCAUGCCGGGUGAGCAGCUUCGGAGACGCUCCACCUCUGCAUAUAACAGAGUCCGACCUCAGUGACUUCAUCUCUGCCACGACCUCAGCAGCCACCUCCUCCGCCAUGGACAUCGCCUUCAUGCUCGACUCAGUGGGGUUCGACCCAGCUUUCCAUUUCGAUGCUUCGAGCUUCCUCCAUAACCUGUGACCGACAGAGAAGCAGAGCAGUACGUGAAGCCCCUUCUCAAUCAUUUUGAGGAAUUCUUCCCUUAUAACAUAAGUAGAAUUUGCAAUGGCAUCUGCUGCUGCCUUUUUGCUAUAGAUUUUAACUUGAAUUUGGUGUUUCAAUUAGCAGUGUGUAGAUGAGAGAUGAUGUACUCUGUAGUAGAACAUAUUCGUAGUGUGAUGCUUGUGAUUGGAACUCCAGCAUCUCAAGCUAAAUCUAUUUCCUUGGAAUGUCA